GAUUACAUCAGCAGGCACUGGUUCAUUCGCCACCCCGGGUGGCGCAAUCCCAGGGCGGGGUGGUAUAAACGUAGAAGCAGGCUCAGAUUAAAUAGCAGAGCUCGGCUCCGCGCACCUCCUAGAGGCGAUCUCGCGCCCCACGAAACACACUUUCAUUUCUGAUGGCUCUGGCGGCUGUCACCCCGCGGCAACCUGGACAGCGAACGCUGCCCGCCCGCACCUGGCAGUGGAGACCGAGGACACCGGCCGCCUCGCGCUCCCGGGGAGGGUGCACCCAGGGCCCCAGGCCUCGGCUCCGGGGCCCCUGGGCUCUCAUCUUCGUCGUCUUGGGUGUCUUGCUGUUGGUCAAACCUGCUUCAGCCAUGUCUAUAAGGAAGGAUGAAGUUCCCCAGCAGUUAUCAGCCCCACUGGAAUGGAUCCGCCAACAGAACUUACGUCCACCAGGAUUCUAUAUGGAAGAAGUCAGUGGAGGUUGUGCCCCUUGCACCGAUGGGACAGACUACACCAAUCAUUCAAACACCCUCCCUUCUUGCUUACCUUGCACGAAUUGCAAAUCAGAAGAAGAAGAAAAAAAUCGCUGCACCUCCAGCAAGGACACUGAGUGUCAGUGCAAACCUGGCACUUUCCGUGGAGAAGAUGCACCUGAAUUCUGUCAAAAAUGCAGCACCGGGUGCCCUGAUGGGAAGGUCAUGGUCAUGAACUGUACGCCCUGGAGCAAUGUCAAGUGUGUGGACCAAGAAUCAGGCACUUCACCGCUGGUGACUAACAUUUUCACUGGACUUGGAAUCACAGUUGUAAUCACCUUUGUCCUAAUAGGAUGUGUUGUAUGUUGCUUCUCUAAAGUUCUCCAGACUCGGGGUGUCCCGCUUGCAGUCACAGGCCCGGGGCUCUUUGUUCAGUGUCUGUCCCUGGGGAGGGAGGUGCGGCCAGAGGGCCCUCCCCACCACUCAGUGGCGUCUCUUCUCUCCGAGGUUGCUUUGGAAAAGAAGCUGACAGAAGACAAUGCCCAGUCCCAAGAUGAAGCAAGCAGAGAGUCUGGUGAUCCUGCAUUGGUUUUGUUUUGCUUAUGGCUGCCUGUGCCAGAAUUUCAGAACCAUGUUUACGAGGCUCAGCUCUGUAAUCUAGGGCCCUCGAUGAAGACCAAGGCUGCUCUCCAUUGUGUUUUACAGAAACCAGCAGCAUCUGAAGGAUCUCAGGGGAGAAGAUGGCUGCUGGUUCCAACAGACGCCACAGAAAGCCUGAAGCUGUUCUUCAGUGACUCUGCAGCUAUCUCUCCCUUGUGACUUCUGUGAUUUGCUGCUGAGGCAGAUGGGCCUCACAUGAAAUGAGAUCCUUGUGGCCAGAGAAUAGGCCUGGGGUUCUCCGGAUGCCGCGUGUGAAAUGCUGCCAGUCACCAAGAAGGGACAGGAGACCUCAGUCAACACCGUGCUGGAUGCUUGGAAAUGCUGGGGCAAAGACUGACAAAAGAGACAAUUCAAGAGCGCCUGCUGAACUCAGGAAAGUAUUAACAUGUUUAUGAAGAAAGUGAGACAGGCUGUGCUGUGCCCUAAGCGUUUGAGGACCUCAAUCUUUCCCUU